AUGCUGAUGCAUCAGGUGAAGGAAGGCGCAUUCCGCCUCUCCUCUGGGCUUCUCUCCCGAGCUCCCCGCGACCUCGCAUCCGCCGCGAGCUGCGCCUCCGCCUCCGCUGCCGCCUGCUCCGGCGGGCGGGACCCAGCUCCCCGCGUCUCCCCUGCGGCGAGGUACACGAUGGAGGGGACUGGAAGAGAUGCCAACCCUUUGAGCGGUUACCGAAUUGGCAAAACCCUGGGAAUUGGGUCGUUCGGUAAAGUGAAGAUCGCGGAACAUAUAUUGACCGGCCAUAAGGUGGCAAUCAAGAUCCUCAAUCGCCGAAAGAUCAGAAGCAUGGAAAUGGAAGAGAAAGUGAAGAGAGAAAUCAAGAUACUGAGACUAUUUAUGCAUCCUCAUAUCAUACGCCUUUAUGAGGUGAUAGAUACACCUGAUGAUAUUUAUGUUGUUAUGGAGUAUGUUAAAUCUGGAGAGUUGUUUGAUUACAUCGUUGAGAAGGGAAGACUACACGAAGAAGAAGCCCGGCGCUUUUUUCAGCAGAUCAUAUCUGGUGUUGAAUAUUGCCAUAGGAACAUGGUUGUUCACCGUGAUUUAAAGCCAGAGAAUCUUCUUUUGGAUUCAAAAUGCAAUGUUAAGAUUGCCGAUUUUGGCUUAAGUAAUGUUAUGCGUGAUGGUCACUUUCUUAAGACGAGUUGUGGUAGCCCGAAUUAUGCAGCACCUGAGGUCAUAUCUGGUAAACUAUAUGCUGGUCCUGAAGUUGAUGUCUGGAGCUGUGGCGUUAUUCUUUAUGCUCUUCUUUGUGGUACUCUCCCUUUUGAUGACGAGAAUAUUCCAAACCUUUUCAAGAAAAUAAAGGGUGGAAUAUAUACCCUUCCUAGUCAUUUUUCACCUUCAGCCAGGGACUUGAUUCCCAGAAUGCUAGUUGUUGAUCCGAUGAAAAGGAUUACAAUACGUGAAAUCCGUGAACAUGUGUGGUUCAAGAUUCGACUUCCACGCUAUUUGGCUGUGCCGCCUCCAGAUACUGCUCAACAAGUUAAAAAGCUCGACGAGGAAACUCUUAAUGAUGUUAUUAAGAUGGGUUUUGACAAGAAUCAGCUAAUUGAAUCUGUGCAAAACAGAUUGCAGAAUGAGGCAACAGUUGCCUAUUAUUUACUCUUGGACAAUAGGCUUCGUACAACCAGUGGUUAUCUUGGAUCUGAGUUUCAAGAAUCUAUGGACUCAUCUUUCUCUCAAGUAAUCGCUGACACACCAACUUCAGCAACUGAACUUCGGCAGCAUGGGUUUGCAGAAUCUCCGGGGUCUGGCUUGAGGCAGCAUUUUGCAGCUGAAAGGAAAUGGGCCCUUGGUCUUCAGUCUCGAGCACAUCCACGAGAAAUAAUAAGUGAAGUGCUUAUAGCUCUGCAAGAACUGAAUGUUUACUGGAAGAAGAUUGGACACUACAACAUGAAAUGCAGAUGGAGUCCUGGCUGCCUGGAGAGUAUGAUGCAUAGCAGUGAUGGCUUUAGUGCGGAGUCUGCUAUAAUUGAAACUGAUGAUCUCAUGGCGAAAUCAACCCCUAUAGUGAAGUUUGAGAUUCAGCUUUACAAGACGAGGGAUGAGAAGUACCUUCUUGACCUGCAAAGGGUCAGUGGACCACAGCUCCUCUUUCUGGACUUGUGUUCCGCCUUUCUAACUCAGCUGAGAGUUCUUUGA